ACGGAAGGCGUUAGUUUUGAUUAUAAUGUAAAUAAACAAUUGGGUAUAAUGUUUUCUAAUUAAGCGGUUAUAUUUGUACUGCCUGCAAUUAUGAACUUACUAGGUUACAUACUACAAAUAUAGUAGUAUAUGAUAGAUUUCUACCCCUAAAAAGUAUUAUGGAGCAAGCUACAGGUCUUUGUCAAACAUGUCUGCAAAGAAGCGAGUGCCUAAAACCUGUGCACAAAGAAGACGAAAAUCUUUUUAGAACUUUGUUGUUAACGACUGAAGAAAUAAAAUUAUGUAUCUGCUUUCUUUGCUAUCACAUGCUGCGAAAAAUCAGCAAUUUUUUGAAGCAAUGCCAAGUAGCACAAGAAUAUUUAAAAUGUUCUAUAGUUGAGAAUAAUCUGCCUAGUGUUGAACAUGUAUACAAUUUAUCCACAUCACAAAUUAAAUAUGAUUACAUUGGAGAUUCAUCAGCAAUUAAAGAUGAAACCAGUAAAGAUUUUACAAUGUCUUAUUUUGAUGAUGAGAAUAAUCUGCGUAGUGUUGAACAUGUAUACAAUUUAUCUACAUCGCAAAUUAAAUAUGAUUACAUUGGAGAUUCUUCAGCAAUCAAAGAUGAAAACGAUGAAGAUUUUACAAUGACUUAUUUCGAUGAUGAGGAUUUUACAAAUAAUGAUGUCUCACCAAGUGUUAAAGAGGAGAUAGUUGUUUUCCAAAAUUCCAUAAAUUUUAAAGAUUUGAACGAUAAAGACCCCAUUGAUGUAAAGGAAACAAAGGACAAAAAAUCCUGUAAAAAUAGUAGGAAAAGUGUAGUUGAUGCAAUACCCGCGGGAUUCUCAUCUAGAAUGGUUCGGGAGACCGAUGAGUAUACAGUGAUUAAAUUGACUAAGGAGCAAGUCCAACAAGAAAUGGAAAAAAACAGACAGACUGAUAAAUACAAAGGUGCGCCAUACAAAUGCGAAUUAUGCGUCAAAUACUUUAAUUUCGAAGAUGUGUUGAGUACGCAUUUGGAGAAACAUUCGCCGAAAAAUGGCUCUUUCAAAUGUAAUAUUUGUACUCAAUAUUGUCCGAGUGCGGUCUCCUUAAGGGGGCAUAUGAAAUCACAUACAACUAAAUACAAAUGCAAAAUAUGUGGGAUCGUCCGUCUGUCUCGUCAACACAUAUUGGAGCACUAUAUGUUAGAUCACACAGAAGACAUACCGGCAUAUAAGUGUAACGAGUGUGAUUUUACAACCAAUAAACGUACAGUGAUCCAACGUCACGCAAGAACGCAUUCAGAUAGUGACAGUCAUACGUGUCACGAGUGUGGGAGGGGUUUUAAGAGCAAGGAGACGUUGCGCGUGCACACUACCCGGCACGACGUUAAAAAACGAUUCUCGUGUGAUACGUGCAAACGAACGUUUAUUUUCAAGUCAUUAUUAGAAAAACAUAUUCGCUCCGUUCAUAUUGAUAAAGAUUUUUACUGCGUCGAAUGUGAUAUUAAAUUUACAUCUAUGGAGGCUUUAAAACAACAUUUUAAAAGAAGUAAGAAGCACACGGAUCCAUCACAUUAUAAAUAUGACUGCAAGCUAUGUGCCGAAAAAUUCCUUACAAAAGCAAGGUUGGAUCAUCAUGAGACAAGUAUUCAUAAUUUGCCUAAAACCUCACAUUGUGAUCAAUGUAGUAAAGUGUAUAGUGGGCCGGAAGCUCUCAGACUACAUGUUAGAAGAGCACAUCCGGUUAGCGAGAGCAGUACAGAAUAUCAGUGCGGUGUUUGUUGUAAGGUUUUUACUCGCAAAUCCGGCCUGAAGGUCCAUAGCCGUGUACACACAGGCGAACGUCCCUAUAAAUGCGUGUGUGGAGAGGCUUUCACUCAACAGGCAUCGCUGCGAGCGCAUCAUGCCGCUAAGCAUAAGAAAUGAUGGUAGAUAAAGGAACAAUAAUUUUAUAUAAAAAUAAAAUCUUCUAUGAC